UCUCAAUGAUGGAGUCAUGAAGAUGUUGCGGGUGGUGCCUGAGGGCGUGCUGGUUAAACAUCCAAAGAUUGUGACUUUAGAUCCUGUUAAGAAAGGAGACAAUGGUGUACAGAAUGAAGUUCUUAACAGUGGAAUUCAAAGGAAAGAUUUGGUUCCAAACACACCUACUAGCACACAGAUCUCUGUGACAGGGAGAGAACAAGUAUCUCAGCUGGUGGAGAAUGCCAUUGGCGGCAACUCAAUGGGUACUCUAAUCAGACAACCCUCGGGCUGUGGAGAGCAGAACAUGAUCUCAAUGACCCUGCCUGUUAUUGCAACCUUGUAUUUGGACAAAACCAACCAAUGGGAAACUGUGGGCUUUGAGAAACGUAAUGAAGCUCUCCAACAUAUAAAAACUGGUUACACAAACGAGUUGGCCUUCCGUAAAAAUGAUGGAUCGUUUGCUGCAUUUGUUUCUCGCCCAGCUAGCACCUGGCUGACUGCCUAUGUUGCCAAGGUGUUUGCAAUGGCCCAUCAUCUGGUUGCAAUACAAGAUAAUGUGAUCUGUGAUGCUGUCAAGUACCUUAUUCUCAAAGGACAACAACCUGAUGGUGUUUUCAAAGAAUUUGCAGCUGUAUUGCAGUGAGCGAUGAAUGGUGAUGUGGCCGGCUUAGAUUCAGACGCCUCCAUGACAGCUUUCUGCCUCAUUGCAAUGCAAGAGUCACGCUCAAUAUGUUCCGACACUGUCAACAGUCUCCCAGGCAGUAUAGACAAAGCAGUGGCCUACCUGGAGAGGCGCCUGCCCAGCCUCACCAACCCUUAUGCUGUGGCCAUGACAUCAUAUGCACUGGCUAAUGAAAACAAAUUGAACAAAGAGAUCCUAUUCAAGUUUGUUUCCCCAGAGCUAUCUCACUGGCCUGUACCUAGAGGCCGUAUUUACACUUUGGAAGCCACAGCUUAUGCUCUUCUUGCUCUUGUCAAGUCUCAGAACUUUGAAGAUGCCAGACCUGUUGUGAGAUGGUUCAACGCACAACAGAAGGUGGGAGGAGGCUAUGGAUCAACUCAGGCUACUAUAAUGGUCUAUCAAGCUGUAGCAGAGUACUGGAUCAACGCUAACGAACCACAGUAUGAUCUGAAUGUGGACAUCAAGUUGCCAGGAAGGUCGGCACCUGAAAAGUACAAUUUCAAUCAGAACAACCACUAUGCCACAAGAACGUCUAAGAUUAACGAUAUAAACCAGGACAUCACAGUUACUGCUAGGGGAACAGGAGAAGCAACAGUGACAUUGGUAUCACUGUAUUACGCUAAGCCCAAAGAACGGGAGAGUGACUGCCAGAAUUUUACCCUCAAAGUGGAUCUCGUAGAAGAAAAAUCUAAUGCAGAUGAAAAGAUAUACAAACUUAGGAUAGAGGUCAUGUAUAAGAACAGGGAUCGUGAUGCAGGCAUGUCAAUCUUGGAUAUUGGCUUACUAACUGGUUUUGCUGUUGAAACAAAAGACCUGGAUUUGUUGUCUAGAGGACGUGGCCGCACCAUAUCAAAAUAUGAGAUGAACAAAGCCCUGUCAGAAAGAGGCUCACUCAUCAUUUACUUGGACAAGGUUUCUCACACACGACCAGAGGAAAUUGCUUUUAGAAUCAAACAGGAAAUGCCAGUGGGCGUCUUACAACCCGCAUCUGUAUCUGUCUAUGAAUACUAUGAACAAACACGCUGCGUGAAAUUCUACCAUCCAGAGAGGGAAGCUGGAAAACUACUGCAGCUCUGUAGAGAUAACAUAUGCACAUGUGCUGAAGAGAACUGCAGUAUGCAGAAGAAGGAAAAAAUCCCCAAUGAUGACCGCCAAGCUAAGAUUUGUGAAAGUACAGAGACCAGCAAAGUAGACUUUGCUUACAAAGUACUGGUUGAAGAGGUUGUAGAAGAGUUAUCCACAGACAGUCACAAAGUCAAAGUGCUGGACCCCAUCAAAGAAGGGAGUCUUGAUGUUGGUCCACUGAAUAAACAGCGCAUAUUUCUCAGUUAUCAACACUGCAGAGAAGCUUUAAGUCUGGAACAAGGAAAAACCUACCUUCUCAUGGGCUCAGAUAAAGAUAUUCACCGAGAUGACAAAAAGAAUACAUUCGAGUACGUAAUUGGUGAGAGAACCUGGGUUGAGUAUUGGCCUACAGCAGAAGAGUGUCAGACUGACAAAUACCGGGAUACCUGCUUGGGCUUGGAGGAGAUGGUCAAUCAGUACUCACUCUUUAGAUGCAUCGGCUAG